AUGGAGUCCCCACCACCACUCUCCACUGCUCCGCUUCCUACCGCCGCCGCCCAACCACCGCAGCAAUCCCACCAAAAUUCCGUAGACUCUUCCCCCCACUCCCGACAGAAAAACUCCUGGGAUGAGCCCCCGCCUGCAUCGCCCCAACUUCCAAAGCUCCGCCUUAUGUGCAGCUACGGUGGCCACAUAGUCCCCCGUCCCCAUGACAAGUCACUCUGCUACAUCGGUGGCACCACCCGUAUAGUCGUCAUCGACCGGAACGACUCAUUUUCCGACAUCUACCGCCGGCUCUCCAGAACCCUCCUCAACAACGAACCUUUCACUAUCAGAUACCAGCUCCCCAACGAAGACUUGGACUCGUUAAUUUCUCUUACUACAGAUGAAGAUUUUGAUAACAUGAUUGAUGAAUACGACCGGCUUAAUACUGCGAGUGGGUCGAAACCUGGUCGCCUCCGCUUGUUUUUGUUUCCUAAGAGUUCGAGUAUUGAACAGCUUCUUGUUGAGACAUCAUCGUCUAAAUCGGAGGGCUGGUUUCUAGAUGCGUUGAAUGGGAAGGCUAGUAAUAUUUCUGGUGGUGUUAGUGAUCGUGGGUUUUCUGAAUCUUCUUUGGUUAAUUGCCUUCUUGGGUUGGAGGAUGAUUUUGUUAAUAAGGGAGCUGUCGGAGGGAAAUAUGUGGAAGUCCAAAUCGAGACGUCGAAGAAUGGUGGAAAUGGAAAUGAGAAUGAGAAUGUUAAUUGUCUUAAUCACGAUGUGCAUUCCGUCCCGGAUUCCCCUAUGCUAGAAACCUCCUCGUCAUUUGGGUCUACCUCGAGUUCUCCGUCCACGGCGAACCUCCCGCCGGUAAGUGUACAUAUCGAGGAGAAUCAGAAAGUCGGAGGGUUGGGAAUUGAGGAACAAAUUCAGCAGAUAAAUUUUGGAGUUGGUGGAAAUGUUAAUUUACCGCAGAAGCAGGAGGAAGUUGGUGGUUUUGUAGCCACUAGUGUGGCGGCUAGGACGGUGGUUUCGGCGGUUCCGGUUGUCGUUGGUGGGGAUUAUGUGAAUCGGGUUUUGUCCGAAGAUGAGACAUCGGAUCACGGUGGGAAUAAGAAACCAGAACAAGCGCCGCAACAACAGGUACAGAUACAAUUACAAAAACAGCAAUUUCCUCAAUUUCAACAGAAACAAGCUGGACCUAUUGAUUUGCGUUCCCCAGACUCAGUUCCAAGUGAUGAAAGUGUAGCAAAUCAAUUCUUUAGGCAGGGGCAAAUUAUUUAUAAAGAACCUAUUGUACAAAUUCAAUCUGGAAAUAGUAAGCUUUCUGCCGAUCCAGUUGAUCUGAAGAUUGAGGAUCAAAACAAAGUUCGGGAAUCCUUUUAUGUGUUACCGGGCCAGUUUGACCAAAAUAAUCCUCAAUUGCAUCAGCCACAACAGUUUAUUCAUUCGAAUACGCAUUAUAUCCCUGCUGGACAAGUGCCAAUUGUGUCGGAUUACCCUGUAUACCCUUCCCAGCAACGAUAUCACCCACACCACUAUGCACUUGAGCAGCAGUACCCAGUUUAUUUCGUGCCUGCUAGACCAUCCCAAAAUUAUAAUUCACCAGUGCAGCAACCAAGUUAUGGUAAAAUAGCGUCGCCUGCCCCUACUAGUCACCUCCAGAAACCUCCUCGGCCGGCAAUGCCUCCAUCUGCAGCUUACAGUCAGACCAGAAAUGCUCCUGUUUCAAAAUCUGAUAUGGCUGUUGGUGUAUACAGAACAGCAGCUGCAGCAUCUUCACCUUUAGUCGAAGUUCCUUCCGGUCAGAACCAGCCCCAGUAUGUUGGUUACACUCAAAUUCAUCAUCCAUCUCAAUCAACGGCUCCUCCUUCAGCUGCCAUUUCUAAUUACGCUUAUGCAUAUGCUGAUCCUAGACAGUUGGCUGCACAGUACCAGACCAUGUCAUCAGCCCCUACAAUGGUGUUACCUGAUGCAUCACUGCAGCAUCGAGAACAUCAAGCAUCUUAA